AUGGAUCCCCCAAGCACUCUCAAGCCCGAACAAGUUGCUCGUGCUAUGGUCAAGCAAGCGGUCGUGAAGCACAGGACACGUUACGACAAGAUCUUUUUUAAAGCAGUUCUUGCCGGCCUCAUGUUAUCGUUUGGAGGCCUCAUGAACGAGAUUGUUUCUGGUGGUAUGCCUGGCUUGAAUCAAUCCAAUCCCGCACUGGUUAGGAUGCUUGGCGGGUUUGUGUUCCCUACUGGAUUUGUCCUAAUCCCUAUGUUGGGACUGGAACUCCUCACCAGUAACAUGAUGGUAUUUCCUAUGGCUGUCGUGAUAAGGGCCCUGCCAUGGUGGUCUCUUCCUCUCAAUUGGGUAAUCGUGACAUUCGGAAAUCUUGCUGGCAGCUUGUUUUCGGCAGCAAUCUUGGUCAAGUAUUCCGGUAUCAUUUCUUCUGAGCCCUAUAUCAGUGGCGUUCGUUCAUAUGCUCAGAGGAAGGCUGUUGAUCCACAGUUUCAUCAAAUCUUCCUUCGGGGAAUUGGGUGUAACAUUUUGGUCUGCAUUGCUAUUUGGCUUGCUACGGGAGCAAGGGAGACAACCUCAAAAUUGAUCGCUAUUUGGAUCCCAAUAUGGGUGAGCACGGACCUCCCGGCUGUUGCCCAAUGGCCUAUUUACCCCGCUUCUGCUAGGUUUUCGUGGCUUGCUCCUUUGACCAUGUGAUCGCGAACAUGUUCUAUAUACCUUUAGGCAUCAUGUUCGAUCUAAACCUGUCGCCCGCGGGAUAUAUACGAAAAUCUCUCAUCGCUACCUAUCUCGGUAACAUCGUUGGAGCAGCGAUUGUAUGGGCGCCAGCCACCUAUUUUUAUUUAACAGACUCGGACGUAACAGAACUGGAACAGGCGGAAGUGGGCAUGCCUGAAGUGGAUAAGAAUGAAAGAGGCAGCAGUGUAGUCGACCUGUAACCCGCCCGCUAUAGUGUGAUGUUACAUAUUUGUGCGCAUCAAUUUGUUCGAGGGGAUGCCAUACCAUAAGGAGCAGCG